AUGAUUCAAGGACUACAGAGACUUGAAUGUUUGAAGAAGAAGAUGUUGAAAAAUCCACAAUUUAGAACUGAUUACACUGUUUUCAUGAAUAAACUGUUCGAGAAAGACUUUGUUGAGCCAGUUCCUGAGAUGCAACUACAAAGGGAUGAUGGACGCGUAUGGUAUCUUCCUCACCAUGGUAUAUAUCAUACAAAGAAGCCAGGAAAAAUAAGAGUAGUAUUUGACUGUUCUGCUGUGUUUAGGGGUGUGUCUCUAAAUAGUCAACUACUACAAGGACCUGACUUAACUAACAGUCUCUUAGGAGUGCUUCUAAGAUUUCGACAGGAACGUAUUGCGAUACAAGGUGACAUUGAGUCUAUGUUCCAUCAAGUUGCAGUACCAGAAGAGGAUAGAGACUGCAUGAGAUUUUUUUGGUGGAAAGAUGGAAAUCUGAGUGCUGAACCUAAACAGUAUAGGAUGAAAGUACAUAUUUUUGGGGCUGUCUCAUCACCUACUUGUUGCAAUUGUGCUUUGAAGAAAACUGCUGAGGAACACGGUAACGACUAUGAUCAAAGCAUACAGAAUACCAUAAUGAAAAAUAUGUACGUGGACGACUGCUUAGCAUCAGUUGAUACAGAGGAGAAAGCCAAAUACCUCAUAAAGGAUCUGAUGGCCCUUUGUAAACAAGGAGGAUUUCGAUUAACAAAGUGGCUAAGUAACUGUAAGGAGGUAUUGAAAUCCGUCCCAGAAGAAGAUAGAGCAGAAGACAUCAAAAAAUUUAGUCCGAAUGAAGAAACUCUGAUUGAGCGAGCCCUUGGAGUUUAUUGGUUCGUGGAAGAUGAUUCCUUAGGGUUUCUAAUACAGUUAAAGGACCAUCCUACAACAAGAAGAGGCAUACUUUCUGUGACAAGUUCCAUUUAUGACUCACUUGGCAUUGUAGCGCCAUUUGUUUUGACAGCUAAAUCCAUACUCCAACAGUUGUGUAAAGAUGGUGUAAGAUGGGAUGAUGAAAUUGAUGGAACCAUGUUAAAGAAAUGGAACAGCUGGCUCAUGCAAGUGAAACAUCUGGAAGAUGUAAAAAUUGAAAGAUGUUACAAGCCAGGGAAUAUUGGACAUUCUGUGUUAUACCAGUUACAUUGUUUUGCGGAUGCAAGCACACUUGGCAUGGGAGUUGUCAUAUAUUUGCGCAUGUCUGAUGAUCAUGGAAAUGUACAUUGUUCCUUCGUCAUGGGCAAAUCAAGAGUGGCACCAUUGAAAACAAUGACAAUUCCUAGGAUGGAACUCACCGCUGCGACAUUAGCCGUCAAGUUAGGUAGACUGGUGGACGAGCAAUUAGACUUUCCUAUAGAGAAAAUACAUUUUUGGACAGACAGUACAACAGUACUUCGCUACAUCGCUAACACCAAGACUAGAUUCCAAACCUUUGUCACCAAUCGACUUGCCAUCAUCAACGCCCAUACAACUUUUGAUCAAUGGCAUUAUGUGAACACAAAAGAAAAUCCUGCUGACUGUGCAUCUAGAGGAAUAUCUGUGAUUGAUAAAUUCAUAGAUCAUCAGUUGUGGUUUCAUGGACCUGAAUUCCUCCUGAAAUCAGAAUCUACUUGGCUUUUGAACUGUGACAUUGAUACUACUAUUGGGGUUAACGACGUGGAAGUGAAAAAAUGCAUCAACACUACCCUUAUACAGUCUUCCUUCAAUGGUGUUGAAAAAAUUCUUCAGCAUUUCUCAGAUUGGAAAAGACUUAAAGUCACGGUUGGAUGGUUCUUGAAAGCCAAGGAUAACCUGAGAAAAAUAGUCAAGCAGAAAAUAGAAAGAAGAGAAAAAAUGAUAGAAUCUGGAGCUUCAAAGGAGAGAAUUAUGCAGAUUGAAAGAGUGGAAAGUGAAACAAGAGUAAAGGAGUCCAAGAAGGCAAAAGAGAUUCCUUUUCUCAGUACUGAUAUCCUCGACAGAGCUGAAAGAGAACUUGUGGCAUAUGAGCAAAGGCAGUAUUACGCAAAUGAAUUGAAAAUUCUUGGAGACAAACAUGGAUAUGUCAAAAAAUCGUCAUAG